UGUGCGAGACCUAUAGUAUGUUUGACAGUUUGUACACACGCAUAUCAAAGAAAAUUUAUUAUAGGAUUUAAUGCAGAAAUAAAAGAUCAAAAUGGUUGUGUUGAAAGUUGAAAACAACAAAACUUUGAAAGAUGAACAAGAAAAGACGUGGCCACAAAUUUAUGCUAUUUUAAUAAGUACUAUGGUGGGCAUAACCAACGGGCAAUUCUUCGCAUGGCCAUCUCCAUUUAUGGUUCAAAUAGUCAACGACAAGGAGAAAUACAACAUCUCAGAACAAGAGGCAUCAUAUUUUAAUACAAUCAAUCCAAUUUUUACCCUCGUUAUCUGCCCCUUCUGUGCCAUGCUUACCGAUGGUCUCGGCCGCAAGAAGACACUUCUCUUGACCGCUGUACCGCAGGUUGCCAGUUGGUUGUGUGCUGCAUUUGCAAAGGAUGUUUAUAUGUUCUACGUAUCAAGAGCUUUUGCAGGAAUUGCAGAUGGACUAUUCUUUUCAGCUCUACCUCCUUAUGUCGGAGAAAUAACAACGCCUGCUGUAAGAGAUAAGUGGGGUAAUCUGCUUGCAGGUUCUUACUACAUAGGAGAGUUUUUGAUUAACGUUAUUGGUAGUUACUUUGGAGUUGUAUUAACAUCUUACAUAUGUCUACCAAUACCUAUUAUAUUCUUUAUUUUAUUUUUAUGGGUACCCGAAACUCCUUAUUAUUACUUAAUCAAGGACAAAGAAGAAGAAGCAAGAAAGUCCUUACUAUAUUUUAGGGGAGAAAAAAAUAUUGAACAAAAUUUAGACCAAUUAAAGCUUGAUGUUCAGCGACAAAUGUCAGAAUCAGGAACGUGGGGAGACUUGUUUAAAAUAAAAAGUAAUAGAAGAGCUUUGUUAGCAGGAGCUUUUUUGCGUUUCUCACAACACACUUCUGGUCUUUGUAUUUUUAUAACCUUUACACAGUUUAUUUUCCAAAAAUCUGGAGGAAACUUAAGCCACGAGUUGUCUUCUAUAAUAUACACAGGCGUCCAAAUGGUUUUGAACCUUCUAGUUCUGACUUUUGUUAUGCACAGAUUUGGACGAAGAGUCUUCUAUAUGACCAGCACUGGCGCUAAUGGUAUAGUGCUAUUUUUCUUGGCAACCUUUUUUUACCUCAACGAUUAUACUGACAUCGAUGUUUCAAGUUUCAAUUGGUUUCCAAUUGCCGGUAUGAUUACAUAUCAAAUUUUUGCUUCAUUUGGCUUGACCGUCAUUCCCACACUUAUGUUAAGUGAGCUUUUCUCUGUCAGCAUUAAAACUAAAGCAAUGGUUGUGAAUGUGUUGGUCUUUGGAGCUGGAGGAAGCUUCAUCAAUUAUAUGUUUUAUUUGAUCAAUACCAGUGCUGGGUUUUUUGCUCCUUUUUAUGUCUUUGCAGUUUGCAAUGUUUUAUCUGCAAUAAUAACCUAUUUUAUAAUACCGGAAACUAGAGGUUUGACUCUAGAAGAAAUUCAGCAGUCUUUGAAGAGUAAAAAAUUUUACUAAAAUCGAUAUUUUAAUAAUCGUUUAAAAUUUAAUCGAUUAAUUAAAUUUAAUAAUUUUAUCGUGGUCUGUUGAAACAGUCUCAAAAUCCACAGUUUAAAUAUUUGAAAUUUCGACCCAGUUUACAGUUGUACACUUUCGCUACACCCUGUAUAUUGAAUCGGAGAAACGCAGUUUCAAAUCGCUUUUCCGCAUUGGUGUGAGUUUGUCAUUUUGGCGUUCCCACAACAUUACGAAUUUUAUUUCUUUAUCCGUUCUUUGAAAUAAUACGCAUUUAAGAAACGGAAUAUUUUUCAAUAAACCCUUGAAUUGUUGUAGUUUGCAAGGUAAAAAGGUUUUUAUGACAUUUACAGUCUUGGUUUAUGUUCGUCGGUAUAUCCAAAUAGCUAGAGGAAGAACCCCUGCUAUGCUGUAGACUGUUGCAGUCUAGAAGAUGAAAGGUUUUUAUGAUAUUCACAGACAAGAAUCCUAUUGUAUGUGUAUUGCAACAGGAAAGGCUUAACCUAAGCCGAGGCUUUUAGUAAAACUCUGAAAUAUUGUUUCUGAGGACUAACUGUAAUAUUCUGAGUCAUCGCAUUUCGUGUAAACUCAAGGGAUUUUGUUAUUGCGAAGUUUAAGUACUUGUAAUUGGUUGAAAGUAAAACCAUCAUGGCGUUCGAGGGAUGUCUUGAGAGUUUUUCUGACCAUUUGAUUGGUAGAGAAAUAUCUGGUAUGAUUCCUAUUGGUCUAAGUAGGAAGUCACUUUUUUUGGGAGAAGGAACCCAACUUGAGAAGGGUCGAGUUAGCGGUCCGAGAGAGUAGUUCCGUAGAAGCCAUCAUCAUGUUCAGUUGAGUUCCGUAGAAGUCACCAUCAAGUGAAGUUGAGUGAUGAGUUCCACCAGGGCCAUCAUCGAGUUAAGUUGAGUUUUGGUUCCUUUAGGGCCAUCGUCAUGUGAGUUGAGUUCCAUUGAGUGUUUCGGAAUGUAGUUUUCCAGUUUCCCAGCCGGCUAGGUUGAUUCCAGCCCGGCGAAUGUGAUGGUGUAUCGUGAACCCCGGCGAUUUUCUCGCUGUUUCUAAGCAAAUCGUCGUUAUCAUUUCAUACCAAUCUUGGUAUCCACUAAUUUCUUUUAAGCAGUCAGAACCAGAAGUAGGAGAGAAGAGUUUCAAUUUUCUCAUUACUAUGUUUAACAGUGCAGUUAAAACAUGUAGUAUGCUCACAUACUUUAUUUUGGUCAAAGUUAAUGAACUUUCAAUAAUCAUGUUCGAGUCUAACUAAAUGAUUUAUGUUGGAGUCUUAACUAAAUAAUUUUGUUCGAGUAAAAGUAAAAUUUGAUCCAGUUUAACGAACUUUUAAACUAUUUAUGUUCGAGUUGAAAGCUGAAUUUUUCUAUAAUAACGUUUGUUUAUAAACAAUGUACUGUUUGCUGUAGCUAUUAACAGUGAAGUGUUUUCUCGUGUAGUGAAAUGGCGUUUUGGACUUACCAACCAACCAACAGAAGAAAACAGGACAUUCAUUGUAAGGUAUAAUUUGUAUGUUUGUAAAACUUUUUCGUUUCAUAUCUGUUUAUUUGAUAAUCUGGUCUCUAAUUGUAACAGAGAGAUCAGAGAUUAAUUUUUUUGUUUUUAAUAAAUAAUGUUUGAUUUUCAA